UGGUUUUUAUCACUUGACGCCGUGUAUGCUGGAGUCGUUUCCAUAUAUUGAAUGGCCUUAUCCUAUGUCUAUCACUGGGGAAUAUGCUAAGCUAAUCCAACUGGAUGUCCUCCAAUUCAUUCCUCCACAAUGCAUCAUCCCCAACCUUCGUUUUACUGCCUUCCACAAGAUGAUCACCUAUGUYACCAUCAACCUACUAGUCAUACUUGUCGGCUGGAUCGUCUACAAGCUCAGAAUACGUUGUAUCCCGACACGCACGCAUUCUGACAAGAAGAGAGCCAAGGAACAGUCGAUAAUAGAAAAUGUCUGUAGAUACGUGUACCUGUUCUUAUUCUUUACGUUUCCGACUACUUGUUUGAGUAUCGUACAGCUCUUCCCAGCUAACUGUCAUUACUUGUGCGCUGAUAACAAGAAUACUCGCUGUGCUUGGUAUCUGAAGGCUGAUUACAGGGUAAUAUGCUUCGAGAAGGAAUACAACAGGUACAUUGGCUUGGCGUACCUUUGCCUACUAUAUCCCGUCACUAUCGGUACCUUAAGCGUUCUCAUUCUAUGGAGAACCUACAAGCGAAAUCGACUUUACAUUUUGGCGAUAAAGAAAAUAAAAAAGUUCAAUGAUGUUGAUGAUGGUGAUSACUCAGAUGCAGAUGAUUCCGAUGAUGAUAAUCGUGAUGAUGACUUACAUGUUGAUCGGAGUGAUCCUAAGAAACUCAAGUUGAAUCUUGCAAUCGCAGACCGCGGAAGCUCAAGAAAUAGCAAUAACAUAAACAUUGAGAAGACUAAUAAUGCACAGGAAGUGGUUCUCAAUGAAGGAGAUCUAAAAGAUGAUCCUGUAAAGAAAUUACACGAAGUUUACGAACAACUAAAAUUUAGAGACAAAACGCCUCAUUCCAUCGAUGAAUUGUCCAAUAAGGCUGCAAAGGAGAAGAUUUCCCCAGGAAUCCAGGUUAUAGAGAAGAUCCCCAAAGUGAAAGUAAUAAUAGAGAAACCGAAAGACGGCCACGAGGGAAAAGACUCGGAAAGGAUUGACAAACAGAGUGAAAAAAUGAAUCUUGAAAACAAAAAAGAAAAGAAAGACGAAAGAGAUGAAAAAUACAGCUCCCUUAAGACAGAUGAAUUUUAUAAAGUGGCUGAAAAACUCACUAAAAAUUUAAGUGAAAACAAAGGAGAUUUUGACAAAGUAACGAAGUCGUUACGUAACAACGAAAGAAAGGAGAAGUGGCAUGGGGUGAAUUACACGAAAGUAUUCAUUACAACGCUGCAACAGGGGUUGCUUAGCAACAAUAAGAUUGCGUUACUUAGUAACCAAGUGAUCAAAAACAGAGAUUCCAUUCAUGAAAAAUUCGAAAUUGCUCAAAGUCAAAAAAAAAUUUCUAAAAUGGAACUUUUAGCUGACGGAAACGAAUCUAAGGUUUUGAAAUUUUUGGCCACGUUAAAAGUUUCCUCUCCUGAGGAUAUAGGUUUGAUCUUUGUACRCGGAGAUGGCUUGGCGAAAGGUGCCAAGUUCUUGUAUGAGAACUACGAGCAAGAGCUGUGGUACUGGGAAAUGAUUGAGAYCUUCUGGAAACUACUGAUCACUUCUGGUAUAGUCUUGACGGGAAAAGUGACGAGGUCUUCCAUUGGGAUAUCUUCAGUGAUAUCAGGAAUGUACGUUGUUGUGUUUGCUUUCCGAAGACCAAUCAUCGACCAUUUUGACAACUUCCUUCACCUUUCAAGCCUCCUGGUAACCUUUAUCAACAUAAGCCUGGGYGUGUACCUCAAGAUAAACCUGGAAAACGCUGACCCAAGUUACGAUCUCUUCAUUAACUCUACUCCUGUUGUUGUUAUCAGCGCGUGCUCUAACUUGGUGCUUUUUAUGCUGCUUGUCUUGCACUGCUUGUACGUUUGUUUGUACUUGAGAUUUAAAGCUUGGUUCAUGAAGACCAUUGUGUACAAGUUCAUCGACGAUCGCUUCAUAUCUCCUGCAAAUGCAGGAAUCGAGCGUGCGAAGGAAAAUUUUAGACGCCUCAAAGGAAGAUUCGAUAAAGCCAUUCAAAGCUUACAUGACAGAGAUGGCUAUUUUGGUAUGACGUGCAGAUUGUUGAAGAAGUAUCUGGACAAAGUGAAAGAAAGAAUUUAGGGGAGAAGCCCCUCGUUUAUGGGAAG